CAAAAACAUAAUGAGAGUAGAAAUAAAAACAAAAGGUGGUAGAUGCAUGAGUAACAACAACAACAACUACAAUUACAAUUACAAACACAAUCUCCAUCUCUUUCUCUCUCUUUUUCUACCACAUCCUCUUCUUCCCUUCACCACCUUCCCCUUUUUCAACCAAUCCUUCUUUUCACUCAAAAUUCUUGAUUUUUUAAGUCUUGGGUUGCUUGUUCUUGUUUUCUCCACAAAAAGGUGGUAGGUUGGUGAGAGUUGACUUGGUCUACAAGGAGACAUAUAACCUUAUCUUCUAACAGGAAUUACUUAGAUUCCUUCAAAUCUAUUUCUGCAGAAUUUGACGAGCUAUGGUGAGCAUCCGAAGACGCAAGCUGUUAGGACUUUGCUCUGGACGAAGCGCCUUCUUGGUUCCACUGCCAAAGUUUUCUGACAAUGGACACUUUGCGGAUCGUUUCUUCAACAACAAACCCACUAGUGUCCAUCCAAUGCCGGCAACUGAUAUUGAUGAGUCAAAAGAGAAAAAUGCUAUAAAGGUUGCUCCUGGAUCAUCGAAUAGUCAUGCUUCUGGCUCCUUGAUGGAGCAGACCGCUCAACAAUUUCCAGAAGUUAAACGCAGAAAACGACACAGGAGAAAGCACUUUGAAAACCAAGAACCAUGCCUCAUGAGAGGUGUCUACUUUAAAAAUAUGAAAUGGCAAGCUGCAAUAAAAGUUGAUAAGAAACAAAUCCACUUGGGUACAGUUGGUACUCAAGAAGAAGCUGCUAGACUCUAUGACAGGGCUGCUUUUAUGUGUGGGAGGGAACCGAAUUUUGAACUGUCAGAGGAGGAGAAGCAGGAACUACGACAAUUCAAAUGGGAUGAAUUUUUAGCAUUUACACGCUCAGCGAUUACUAAUAAGAAAACUCGAAGACGAAGUGGGGCCGGUGCACGGAGGAAAUCCGAGCCUUCAACUUCAGCGCUGAACAGUGAGGAGGAUGAGGAAGACGAGGAGGGAGGGGAACCAGAAAGCAAUGGUUUUUCAGCCUCUGAAGAUAUAGAGCACAACAUUUUGUUCUCUUGAUCUCCUCCUCUUCCCUCCAUCUUGUGAAUGCUGGAAAAAAUAGUUCUAUUGAUUCUGUUAAAGCUAUUCAGUCACGUACUUAAAACUCGAUGAUUCUAUCAUUCGUAUAGAUUUACACAAAUAUAGGUGCCCCUAUUAGGGCGGAUGAUGAUAUAAUGUAUUUCUAUUGGCAAUGUAAUUGAGUUUGAUCUCAAGUAUGUUGUUGUGCAUGGCUCAAGAAGUAUUGUCAUGCUUGACGAAAAGUGAACUUUGACAUAUGGAAA